AUGGUCAUUCUAACACUUCUCAAAGGAUAUAACUACCUCGGAACACCUACGGUCAACCAAUGGGUCAAACCGCUUAAACUUGGUCAACCGGGCUUGCGGGGCCCACAACCUCCGAUCACAAAUCCGGGAGUUCCUAAAGAGGUUUCCGAAAGAGCUCUCGAAAGUUUACUAAAAAAUUGUCCAACACCGCUUGUUUCGUGGCUGAUUUCGGCGACCACAACGACGGAUCAAGGCUGGGACCGAUCGGGAAUCGAAGAGGGAAGUAAGGCGGUUCUAUCGGGACCAGUGCCACCAAGAACAGAGGCAUGUGGUGGUGGAGGUCGAGGAGAGAAGUUGGCUGGUCGUAAAGCUUCUGAGGAGGAAGAAGAAAAUCUGGUAUUUGAUUUUCAAAACUUGCGGUUACCGCAAACCGCAAAGUAUAGCCGCACGGAUGAUGAGGUUGAAUUCUACAGGGAAAUUGAACAUAUGACAACUUAUAACAUUGGUGCUCAAACAACACAACGGGGUUCUUCAAAUCCACUCACCACCAACACUUGA